AUGCCUAACCCACGCACCUACUUUGACAUCACCAUUGGAGAGGAGCCCAUUGGCCGCAUUGUCUUUGAGCUGUUUGCCGAUGUCGUUCCCAAGACUGCCGAGAAUUUCCGCGCCCUCUGCACAGGCGAAAAGGGCAUCGGGCAGAGUACCGGCAAGCCAUUGACGUACAAGGGAGCACCAUUCCACCGCAUUAUCCCUGACUUUAUGAUCCAAGGAGGAGACUUUUCCAACCAAAACGGAACUGGAGGCGAGUCGAUCUACGGUGCGAAGUUUGAGGAUGAGAACUUUCAAUUGAAGCAUGACAAGCCCUUCCUACUGUCAAUGGCCAACGCUGGUCAGAAUACGAAUGGAUCCCAGUUCUUUAUCACAACGGUCCCUACACCUCACUUGGAUGAUAAGCACGUCGUUUUUGGAAAAGUUCUCAAGGGUAUUUCUGUUGUCCGUGAGAUCGAGAGGACGCCAAAGGGCAGUGGUGAUGCACCCCUGUCCCCUGUCAUCAUUGCCAACUGUGGUGAACUGGCGGAGGGAGAGGAUGAUGGCGUAGCUGCUCCUGAUGCUGGCGACAAGUAUGCUGAUUGGCCAGAUGAUUAUGAGGGAUCUAAGGAGGACAAGGACUUGGUCGUGGUUGCACAGGACCUCAAGAACCUUGGCAACAGUUUUUUCAAGGUCGCAAACUAUACCAAGGCGAUGAGCAAGUACAAGAAGGCGAUCCGGUAUCUGAACGAGAAGCCCGUCUUUGACGACGAUGACGCGCCAGAGUUGGUGAAAGAGUUUUACGCGGUCAAGAUCCCUUGCUAUCUCAAUCGUGGAUUCUGCGCAUUGAAGCUGGAUCGGCCCGAAUUGACGGUCAAGGACAUGACUAUAGUGCUGGAAAUGGAACAGUACCCCUCGGACGCGGAUAGGACCAAGGCAUACUUCAGACGCGGAUUAGCAUAUUUGAAGAUGCAUGACCUGGACAGCGCAAAAGCCGAUCUGGAGAAGGCUAAGAAGUUGUCGCCAAAGGACGGUGGCGUGCUGAAGGAACUCGAGGUCGUGAACGCGAAGCUGACAGCGAAGCGCGAGAAGGAGAAGAAGGCUUACGCCAAGAUGUUUGCAUAG